CACAGACCAAGCUCCUCUCCACGGCCUCUUCUGUCACUGCGACACCUUCCAGCAUGGUGGUCACCGGCUCUGUGGUGAUCGAUUGGGGCUGGAUCAUUCCGGUGCUGCUCGCCAUCUUCUACGUACGAGCGUACGUUCGUCUGAGCCAUAUUCCGGGCCCGCGUCUCUGGGGAUUGUCGGUCUUUCCCCUCUUCAAAACCCACCUUGACGGCGAUAUCUACGACCGAUUUGGACAACUUCAUCAGCGAUAUGGACCGUUGGUCCGAAUAGCCCCAAACACCCUGUUGACUGCAGAUCCAGAUGUGUUGCGUCGCAUGUCAGCGGCACGGUCGCCAUAUACGCGGUCAGACUGGUACAUUGCCAUGCGUUUGAACCCAGGCCAAGACAACGUCCUCUCGAAUCGAAAUGAGGCCAAACACGAUGACCUGAGGCGGAGGAUGGGGUUUGGAUAUUCCGGCAAGGAGAAUCUCAAUCUGGAGCAAGACAUCGACGAUUGCGUAAAGGAUUUAGUCCACCUUAUCGACGCAAAGUACGCCAGCGAUCCGGGGAAGAUAAUUCCGAUGGAUCUGGCACGAAAGAUUCAGUUCUUUACCAGCGACAUUAUGAGCAAAUUGUCUUUCGACGGCAAAUUCCAUGAUCUCCGCGACGAUAAUGACAACUUGGGAUACAUCCAUGAACUCGAGACGAUCUUUCCCAGCAUCUUUUGUACCUGCUGUAUCCCUAGAGUCAUCGAGAUCCUCACCAACAUCGGAUUUCUCGGUCUCUUCGCUCCCUCUGCCAACAGCAAGCUUGGUCUGGGUAAGGUGUUGGCCAUUACCCGAGAACAGGUGGCCAAGCGCUUCGGACCCGAUGGCGAGGCCAAGGGUGAAUAUAGUGACAUGCUUGGCAGCUUCAUCCGACACGGGCUGACGCAACAAGAAGCUGAGGCGGAGAGUGUCAUGCAAUUGGCUGCCGGAUCGGACACAACUGCUACCGGGCUUCGAGCAACGCUGCGCGGCAUCAUCUCUAGUCCGCUGGUGUAUGAGAAAUUGCUGACCGAGAUCAACGAGGCAGCCGCGGCUGGGAAGAUACCUUCACAUGACCAAAUAAUAUCAAAUGCCCAAGCGAGGGAUCUUCCAUAUCUGCAGGCGUGCAUCAAGGAGGGGCUACGAUGGUACCCUCCGAUUGCCGGCAUGUUAGCAAAGAAGACUCCGCCGUCCGGUGACACCAUCAGCGGUCACUUUGUUCCUGGAGGCACCUCAAUUGCCUACUCGGCGAAGCAAGUACACCACUCGCCAGCUCUGUUUGGUCCCGAUGAGUACGCUUUCCGGCCUGGACGAUGGAUCCUCCAAAGCGAUGGCGGAGACGAGCCCUCUGCCGAAAAAUUAAAGGCCAUGGAGCAAAACAACGAGCUCAUCUUUGGCUACGGCAAGUAUCAAUGUCUGGGUAAGACCGUGGCCAUGAUCGAGCUGAAUAAGGUAAUCUUGGAAUUAUUUCGUCGUUUCGACUUCAGUCUGAUGGACCCCUUGAGCCCCUGGAAGACGAGGUGUUUCGGGAUCCACCUACAGACCGAUAUGUGGGUGACGGUCCGCAGACGGACAUCGCAUGCUGUCAAGGUAGAAUGAAUGCUCUUCGAGGGCAAUUGGUGCGGAACCUUGACCUUGCACUUAGUUUCGUACCCCCGGCAGGCCUCACUUUGCCCAGAGGGUUGCAGCUAGUGUACACAUUGUCUCGGCGGUCUCCCCAUUCAUGUCAUUUCCUGUUAUCGAAUACUCCUCGGUCGACCGCCUCCAGUGGUGGGUUUAGUAGCGUCUGAUUACUUGUGCCGUUGGAAUAGAUCUGGUGCAUUGGCUAUCCACAGCGAGCCCAGCGAGGGUAUGAAGGUGAUUAUGCCUAGCAACGAUCGCCCCACAUGAGACACUUAUGCAUAUAGUGAAGAUCAAUGAAG